AUGGGCUCUAACGACAUACCGCCCAGCCAUAUUCCUCUCUGGAUCGUCCCCACCUCCACCGCUCUGCUCGGCGUCGGCGUUGUCUGCUGGUGUGUGGCAUACAAGCUGAUGACGCUGGAGACGCUGCGGACGCAUGUCUACAGCAUGCCCGUUGUGGCCCUCGUCGUGAACGUAGCCUGGGAGGCUGUAUAUUGUUUUCUCGCUGUAUCAGACGCUUCUUGGCUAGAAGCUACUGGCAUCUUCGUGUGGCUCCUGUAUGACAUUAAUCUUGUCCAGGCCACGGUUCUGUAUUCUGGGGAGACACAGGACCGCUUCUCUCUGAGCCCUCGACUGCUACACAGGCUACUGCGCACGUUUGUAGCCAAAACGAUCUUGGUCGCCGUGGUGUGUCACUGGGUGAUUGCAAGCUGGUGGCUCAGCAAAGCCGGACGCGGCUGUGGCGACAAGUCGGGCAAGAUUUGGCAGGGCCUGGAUGGGUACGACACGACGGAGCUGGCAUUCUGGACAGCUAGUGUGUGCCAGCUUGUGACGAGCGUCAGCAGCCUGUCGAUGUUGUGGAGACGGCAAGACGCCCGUGGCGCCAGCAUGCCGGCACUAAUUUGGCGGACGGCUGGAUCGGUGGCCGGCCUUGGCCUUGCAAAUGGCAUCUUAUGGUGGUACUGGCCGGAGGCACACUGCUACUUUUCGCAGCUGCCGGCCAUCCUCCUGAACGGCACGGCACUCGUUUGCGACAUCACUUAUGGCUAUGUUCUGAGCCGAUAUCGGUCUGUCGAGGGGCGCCAAUGGCCAGACAAACGGAAACAAGGUGAUGCAUUUGUACCAACAGCGACCGAACGUACAUGUUAG